GUUAGAAACUAGUCAAUUGUGAAAGAAAAUACACAUUUUGAAACGAUACAUUAGAGAUUUUGAUUAAGAACGGGUAAUGAAGGACUUGUGAGUUGUGAUGUGUCAAAAAUUGGUUUGUGCCGCAGGUGUUGAACGAUCUACUCUACACAGGUGUGGGCUUACAGGGCUAGGGCUCAGAAACCCUUUCUUUCAUUCAUCAAGAGGGCUAGACGCGCCUUUCGAACCAGUCUUUAUACCUGUGAAAUAGGUAGAAGCUAGCCGACAAAAAGGUAGAAGCUAAUGUGAAUUUCAAUGGACUUAAAAAGCCCAUAUGUUAUCUAAAGUAUGGGCUUUUUCUCUUAAAAGGACCAUACUCAAAAGCCCAUAUUUGUAUUUCAUACUAACUCUCAAAAGUAUAAAAUAUAAAUAUGGGCUUAAAAAUUGACGUUAGCUUCUUAAGUGUGGCCCAUUUAGAGUAUAUAAACACCAAUAAAUCCAUCGCUCAGUUUUCCGAUUCUAGGGUUUUUCUUUGGCAAACUCGAUUUCGCCUAGCUUCUUCUGAGCAUCCGCCGCUUCCGUCUACAGAAUGGAUUCUCAAAUCAAACACGCCGUGGUCGUGAAGGUCAUGGGUAGGACUGGUUCUCGUGGUCAGGUCACUCAGGUUAGAGUCAAAUUCACUGAUUCAGACCGUUUCAUCAUGAGGAACGUGAAAGGACCCGUCAGAGAAGGAGAUGUCCUCACUCUCCUCGAGUCCGAGAGAGAAGCUAGAAGACUCCGUUGAUUCCACCAUAUCCCAAUUCUCUUUCAAAAGUCUUACCAAGAUUUACAUUUUGAUGGUCUCUUGUUUCUUGGCAUUGUAGUCAAGUUCUCUUUUCUUUUUCUACUGCUUUGUUUUAAUUACUUGAGGUUUUGUUAAGACAAUGGUUGAAAUCUAGGAAUGAAUCUUUUAUGACGCAAUGAAAAUGUGCCAUCAGUAAUUUCAAUCA